AGCCCACAUCUGUCACGUGUCGAACAAUGUCACAAACCCAAGCCCCUCCACACCCGAUAGCGAUAGCGUGAGGGUUAAAAUGUCAGUAACAUUUACGUUCUUUGUUCGUAGAGCUUCACGGCAAAAUCCCCAAAAUCAAAAUGGCUCAAUCAGCAAAACCGAUAACCAGCCCCGUUCAAGACGCUUGGUACCCAUCGUUAGCGGUGCUCAUGCUCGCCGUCGGCCUUGUUAUCACCGCAUCUUUCUUUAUCUAUGAAGCGACCUCUUCGAGGAAAAACCGUAGUCUUGCUAAAGAACUUGCAACAGGGGCAGUCGCAUCUGUCUUUUUGGGCUUUGGAUCCUUGUUCUUGCUCCUUUCUUCAGGUGUUUAUGUCUGAUUAAUGCAAACAUAAUAGUUUUGGAAGUUUGAUGAUUUCUUGAAUAUUACAACUUCUGUUACACAUUAUAGAUAUUUGAUCUGACAUCUAUGAAUUAAAUUAUGUAGAGAUCCUAUAUACCGAUUUUAAUGAACA